GUGACCAGCUCCUCUGGAGAGGGGACAGAUGCUGUAGUCAUCCUGGAAAAGACUCCUUUCCAGGAGGAGAAGGUAUCGGACCUGCUGAAGAAGCACACGAAGCUGGAGCUGCAGAUGUGCAAUGACAUUUACAGCACGUACCACCUCUAUCCUCCCCCGGAGCUGAGCGAGAUAAAAACCACAGUGGUGUACCCUGCCACGGAGAAACACCUUCAGAAAUACCUCCGUCAAGAAGUUUAUCUCAUCCGCGAAACCUGGGAGGAUUACAAGAACAUAACGCUGCCCUUCAUCCAGUCCCAGAGCUUCAGCAUCCAGUGGGUGUAUAAUAUCCUGGAGAAGAAAGCUGAGGCUGAUCGAAUCGUCCAUGAAAACCCAGAUCCUUGCAAUGGCUUUGUUCUAGUUCCAGAUUUUAAGUGGAAUCAAAACCAGCUGGAUGACCUCUACCUGAUAGCCCUCGUUCACUGCCGGGAGGUCAAGUCGCUUCGGGACCUCACCGCUGAGCACCUCCCGCUACUGAGGAACAUCUUGCAAGAAGGCAAGGAGGCCAUCGCGAAGCGCUUCAGUGUGCCCGGAUCCCAGCUGCGAAUCUACCUGCAUUACCAACCCUCCUACUACCACCUGCAUGUGCAUUUCACUGCCCUGGGCUACGAUGCCCCGGGCAGCUCCGUGGAGAGAGCCCAUCUCCUGGCAGAUGUGAUCGACAACCUGGCGAUGGACUCCAUGUACUACCAGAAACGGGCUUUGACCUUCGCCCUUCGGGCUGAUGAACUUCUGUUUAAGAAAUUCCAGGAGGCAGGAAGGGUGUGACCUGGCAGAGGUGCUUUCGUAUCUUUUUAUUUUUAAUAAAUGCCCAUUUUCAGGGUGUUUUUUUUUAAAAGGUUUUGGUGCUUUUAUUUUUUUUUAACUCUGAUUUUGUACAAAUUGGGACUGACGGCCCAUUGCUAUGGCAACCAUGUCUUCUGCUAAGUCAAUUAAAAUGUUGACUGA